AUGAUGAAACAUAUGGCUUUCGUUAUUAAAAUAUUCUCUAAAUAUUUGAUUUUCACUCAAUUAUUCUUACAUUCCAGGAUGUAAACCAGUUAUAUAAACUUAAGUACUAUUUUCUAUAUUUUAAUAUAUCUAUUAUACUUCUCAUAUUAUCAAUUAUUAUAGCUAAACUAUCCACUGCUUGAAAAUCAAAUACACNAGGGUAAUGUUAUUGCAGUUACUGGCGAUGGUACUAAUGAUGCUCCAGCUUUAAAAAAAGCAGAUGUUGGAUUUGCUAUGGGAAUUACUGGAUCUGAUGUUGCUAAGGAUGCUGCAGAUAUUAUAUUACUUGAUGAUAAUUUUAGUUCCAUUAUUACAGGUAUUGUAAUUUGCUAUUUUAGCUAUGAAAUGGGGUAGAAAUAUUUAUGAUUGUAUUAGAAAAUUCAUUCAAUUUUAACUUACUGUUAAUUUAGUAGCUUUAUUCAUGUCUUUUUUAGGAGCUGUCGUUCUUAAAGAAUCACCAUUAAAUACUAUUGAAAUGCUAUGGGUCAAUCUUAUUAUGGAUACUUUUGCUUCCUUAGCUUUAGCAACUGAACCACCUAAUAUUACUGUUCUUGAAAGAUAACCUUAUAAAAGAGAAGAUAAAAUUGUAUCUCCAACUAUGAAUAGAACUAUUGUUGGAGGAUCUAUCUACUAAAUUGUUGUACUCUGUAUUAUCUUAUUUGUCUUACCUAAAUAUAUGGACUUAUCUAUGCCUUAAGAAUUAAUUGGACUUAAAGUAUUCUAUUUUAUUAUUUAUUUAGUUUCAUAAAAAUGUAGUCUAAAUGAGUAUAUUCUUCUAAUCCUUUGUUGUUAUGCAAGUAUUUAAUUCUAUUACUUGCAGAUAAUUGGAUUAUAAAACUAUCAAUCCUUUCACAAAUGCAUGUAAUAAUCCCUUGUUUUGGGGUGUACAAACAUUCACACUUGUUAUUUAAUGUGUACUUAUUUAAUUUGGAGGUAAAUUUGUUAAAGUUUCUCAUUUAACUCUUCAACAACAUUUAUUAUGCAUAGGAUUUGGAAUUGGUAGCAUAAUCUUCUCAGUUCUAGUAAAAUUCCUUAUUCCUCAAAAAUGGUGUCAAAGUGUUGAACUUUUCAGAGAAGAAGUUAUUACUCAAGAAAAAAUGGAUGAUACAUUGGCUAGUAGAUUAAGAAGAAAAUCAACUACAAGAUAAAGAAAUAGAAAAACUGAAAAUUCAGACUAUGUUACUGUCAAAAGCAUGUAAUUAAGUCAUUAAAGAAUGUGA